AUGCUGCUGCUUCUUCGUUAUCCUCUCUUCGCUAAACCCCAAAAGGCCAAAACCCUCGACUCAUGGGGAGCUCUCAGGCCGCCAGUCUAUGGGUUCUGCUGGGCUUGGGCCUCGCCGGAAUUCUGAUCAUGACUCGGAAGCUGAAGCAGGUCAUCCGCGAAGACUUUGGCGCCUUCGUCGAGAAGCUUCAGCUCCUCCCUCCGCCCCAACCGGCUCCUCCCAAAGCUCCUCACCCCCUCACCGGCCUCACCUUCGCCGUCUCCGACGUGUUUGAUAUAGAGGGACAUGUAACUGGAUUCGGUCAUCCUGAUUGGGCAAAAACACAUGAUCCGGCUUCUCGGACAGCUCCUGUGGUUUCCACACUUGUCCAAGGAGGAGCCACAUGCAUUGGAAAAACUGUUGUGGACGAAUUGGCAUAUAGCAUUUCUGGAGAAAAUGAGCAUUACUUUACACCUACCAACCCUACAGCUCCAUCAAAAACACCAGGUGGAUCCUCUAGUGGAGCUGCUGUGGCUGUGGCAGCUAAUCUUGCUGACUUUUCCCUGGGUCUUGAUACUGUUGGUGGUGUUAGAGUACCUGCGGCAUUUUGUGGCAUUAUGGGUUUCCGACCUUCGCAUGGGGCUGUUUCUCACAGUGGAGUUUUACCUGUUUCGACAAGUCUUGAUACUGUUGGAUGGUUUGCGAAGGAUCCUAAGGUUCUAGGUCGAGUUGGUCAUGUGUUGCUGCAACUUCCUUUUGCAUCUUCACGUAGUCCAAGACAAAUUGUGAUAGCUGAUGAUUGCCUACAACAAGUAAAGGUUCCUACAGACAGGAUUGCUCAAGUAGUUGUCAAAUCCACUGAGAAGCAUUUUGGAAGACAAGUAUUGAAGCAUGAAAAUCUUGACAACUAUUUCAAUUUAAAAGUUCCAAGCUUGAGAAAAUUUCACGGUGAGAAGACAAAUGGUGUUGUAAAGGUUUCAUCAAUAAAACUGCUUGCUCAUGUUGCACAGUCUCUUCAAAGACAUGAAUUCAAACAAAAUCAUGAUGAAUGGAUUAAUUUGGUGAAGCCUACUUUGGAUCCUGCUACUUCAGCUCAAUUAUGUGGGCCACCAGAGUCAUCAGAUAUGGAGGUUGAAAUCUGCAAGUCUAUUAAAAAUGAAUUGCAUGCAGCUGUCAACGCUCUAUUGAAGGAUGAUGGGAUUCUGGUGAUCCCGACCGUGGCAGAUCCUCCUUCAAAACUUGGUGGGAAGCCUCUCCUCUCUGAGGACUUCCGUAGUCGUGCUUUUGGUUUGUUAAGCAUUGCAAGCCUAUCAGGUUGCUGUCAGGUCACAAUACCACUUGGACUUCAUAACAAGAAUCCUGUUUCAGUUUCCUUCAUAGCCAGGCAUGGGGGUGAUCGCUUUUUAUUAGAUACACUGCAGACAAUGUACACAUCUUUACAAGAGCAGGCUGAUCUUGUUACAAACACCAAAUUAUCAAAAAAUGCACUCACCAGAGAGCAAUCUGCUGAAGUUUCCAAGGAAAAGGGAAACCAAGCAUUUAAAGCCAAAGAGUAUCAGAAGGCUAUUGGGUUUUAUUCAGAAGCUAUAAAACUUAGUGGCAAUAAUGCAACAUAUUACAGUAACAGGGCUGCAGCAUAUCUGGAAAUUGGAAGUUUUUUACAAGCUGAGGCAGACUGUAGUCAGGCUAUCAACCUUGACAAAAAGAAUGUGAAGGCUUAUUUCCGAAGAGGCACUGCGAGGGAGGUGCUUGGUUACUAUAAGGAGGCAAUUGAAGACUUUAAAUAUGCACAUGUUCUUGAACCAACAAAUAAAAGAGCAGCAGCUGCUGCUGAAAGAUUAAGGAAAUUGUUCGUUCAGUAAGUGAUCAAGUUGAUCCAAGAUUUUGGAAAUCACAAGAAACAGUUGCUGUAAAGUGAAAAUGGUCAAAUUCAGUCUGCCUGGAAAAGCCCGUUUAUAGAAUUGAUAGUUUGCACACCAAUUUUGAUGAGAAGGGAUAUGCUUGAGGGGGGUUCUGAAUUAUUAUUUGAUCUGAUGCAGUUCUGAUGAAUUAUUGUUUCCGAGCAGUAGCUUAUUAUUGUCGCAAUAUAUGUAACUAGUCAAUUUUGUUUCUCUAAAUAUUCCAUGUUGUAGGAACCGAGCUUCAGAGCAAUUGAUCAUGGUUAAGUAUCAUUAUGAUAUCAUUUUCUCCA